GCAUCAUUCCUAACUAUUUUUAUAAACUAGCCAGCGUUACGAUUGGACAGUAACCACAGAGCGAGAUCUGUAGUUAUUGUCCAAUGGGCUUAAGUAGUGCACUGGAUAACAUAGUACAGUACAUCCAACGAAUCCUUCCCAAUUUACUCUGUCGACGGAGGAUAUAUUCACAUCAACGGCAAACAUGUCAACUGACGUAAACAUGCAGGCUGAGAAACACAAUGAAGAAGCGAGUGUCAAUAAGACCGACGAAGAAGAGGGCAGAUCGUCUAAAGACAUGCAUGCGCAAAACGGUAGUCCCGUUUAUGGCGGCUGCGAGGGACCAAACGCCAUGUACGUGAAGCUAGUCAGUAGCGACGGCCAUGAAUUUAUCGUUAAACGGGAGCACGCGUUAACGAGCGGUACUAUCAAAGCAAUGUUGAGCGGUCCUGGUCAAUUUGCGGAAAACGAAGCCAACGAAGUCAACUUUCGUGAAAUCCCGUCUCACGUGUUGCAAAAGGUCUGCAUGUAUUUUACUUACAAAGUGCGCUACACAAACAGCAGUACAGAAAUACCAGAGUUUCCAAUCGCACCCGAGAUUGCUCUGGAAUUAUUGAUGGCCGGCAAUUUCUUAGACUGCUAAAUAUCAUCCCUGGAGGUGCAUCGGCUUUUAUCUACAACUGAAUUAUAGGAACAAUGCAGCUUACUUUAUUGUCGUCGUUUAAGAUGAGUCUAUGUAUACUUGUGAAAUUCGGAAGGCCGUACUGGGCCGUGUAAUAAUUGCUCGCUUUCGACUCUCUCAUGCUCGUGACGUGAACAUUUUAGUGCAACGUGACAAUGCAAUGUCAAAGUUUUAAAGUUACGAAAUUUAAAUAUUCCACUCAUUUGUAUGGUCAUAAACACGUAAUAUUGUAAUGCUUAAAAUAAUUAUCGAUAAAGGAUUACCACACACAGA